UUUUAUUCAACAGGUAACGUCUUGGACAACAGAUCGAUAUGGAGAUUGUCCAUAUUCUCCGAUGUCUUUUGGGGAAUCGUCAACUUCGUGGUUUUAUUGUAAGUUUACAGUGAUUAUCGAUUUAACAAUCCUUUAUCAUGAUUAUAUAUACAUUCGUUAUUGUGAACAUUACACGUAAACUGAUUUAAAGCUUUUUAGGCCGUUUCUCUCACUACGGUUUUUUGCUUUUUUUGUUUCUUUGUUGGCUUGAAAAUAGUUUUCACACCAUGUUUUCGGUGAGUACUUUAACUAUUUGCUUUAUUUUUAAUAAGAUACCGUAAGCUUAAUCAGUAAGAUUUAAAUAGCCCGAUAAUUUCGUUAAAAAUACUUUCAUGACUGUUAUACGAUUACAUUCCACAUACUUUUUUAAAGAACUAUUCCUGACUGUUGAACGUUAUAUGCACAAGAUAUGUCUCAGCGAGCCUCCUCGUUCACAACUUUGUGCCAUGGAUUGGUAAAAAUUUAUUGAACAAAAAUUCAGUAAAACUUGUAAAUAAGCAGACUCCACGUUGUGCUUUUCCAGAAAAUAUCCCAAUAUCCUAAUCCCCCCCCAUGUAAGGUUCUUUGGCUUGAACCCUGUCACCCUAGCUUAAGUCCAUACUUUCCUUUUAAGAUUUUGUGCUGUAAGGUUCCCCUCCCCCAUAGGGUUUUUGCAUAAUCCCACCCAGGAAUAGCGAAUAGCUCCUUUCACAUGACCCUUGCGUCUGACCAGGCCUGUCAUUAAGGGCUGGCAGCCCAGGAUUUCCCCUGGCUACUAUGAACAUGGCACCUGGUUACUUUCAUAGGAAACUAGAAGAAAAAUAGAACCAAAAGAAAUCCCUACCUGUUUGAUUACCCACUUACUUGUUGUAUUUAUUCAGCAACUUGAAAUCUUAAUGAUAGCCCUGUGUGAAUUUUUGCAAUAUUCCCCAACUGACUGGUGAGCUUGCUCGCAAGCCAUCUGGCACCCUUCAUAAAGGACUAAUGAACAACAGCAAGUACUGCUACACUUCUGUCUCGUAUCAUCUGCAAAACAAGGCUGAUUCUAGUGGGAACCCUAUUAAGUAGACACUAGUAGGGGUCCUGUGUGCACCCACUUAAUAAUAAUUGUUUCAGUUGUAGUAGUGAUUCUGAUCUUUUUAUCCUCAGCCUGGGCUAACAAAGCAUGGUAAUUCUUACACAAGUACAGAUUACAGACCUGGGCAAGGGUAAGAUUUUAUAAUUUUCUAAUAAGUUUGAAAUCAAGACCCAGUCAUGCUUUGUGGUUCCGUAAUAGUUAUACAACAUGUAAAGCAUGCUACUAUCUUUUCGUUUCAUAACAGACCCCCAAGACCUCCAGGAAGAAGGUUUGGAAGAAUCGGUGGAGGAGGUGGUGGUACGUAG